AUGACCGACGUGACGGUGACUCGCCGCUACUCGUCGGCAUCGGCUGAAGAUUUGAUAUGCAGCGCGAUCGAAAAUGAAAACCCGACUGCUUCAAAUGUGCUAGUGGCGGCGCUCAAUCAUGAUGCAGUGCUCGCUCGUUUCAUCGGUUUCGUAACGCGCGUGCCAUCCGCGAAUGCACAGCUGCCUGACGGUCCCGACGCUUCCAAAUUUGCAACUUUUGCUGAAUCGGACGCGCGACGCAAAAAUGAGAUGCUUGACGAAGUGACGCCAGAGCUUGUAGCGUCCUAUAGGGCCACAAUGAUGCUUGCGAAUGACGAUACGGCGGAUGCACUGCUGACAUUCCUUGGAAAUAAAAGCAAACUUUUGACGCGCUGUCUAUUUCAAGUUUUCCAAAAUGAUUCUCAAGGAAGUCUUCGUCAUGCAUGUCGUGUCAUCGAUUACUUGCUGCGUUUCAACUUGGACGACGUGUAUGACGUACUGGGUAAAAAUGCCAAGACCGUGCAGAGGUACAUGGGCGCCCUGCUACCUUAUCUUGGGGAUGCACCAGUGGCUGAAUUGUUCUUGACGCUGGUUUGCAAGCCUCACAGUGCUACAAUAAUGCGGUUGUACGCCUCAACACCGCCCAAAAAGUGGGCGUUCUUCCGAUCCCUGGCAGAGUGGAAGAUGUUGCUCGUGUUGGCCUCUCAUGUGUGCAGCAAUGAAUACGGAGAGACACAUACCAUUGGAGCUGCUGAUGUUUUCGUUGAGCUGGUAGACAGGCUAGCAGCCGACGAGAAUGGGCAGUUAUUACUACAACCAGCUGCCUACUGUCCUGAGGUUCUUGAGGGGCUAAUCCGCGCUGCAGUAGAAUCCGAAGAUGAUAAUAGUACUGCUGUACAGAGGACUGCAGGUCAGCGUACGGCUGCAAUAAAGUGUGUCUACCGAUUAUUACAGAAAAGUUCAUUGGAGAAGGUUCAAGGUCCGCCUACGAGCCCAUACCAGUCAUUUGGUGCUACAAUCGUUAAUUUGGUGCCUAAUCAGUUAAGUCCUCUACGUGAAAAGAUUUACACACUUGUGGAACAACAUUUAGGUGAACUUUUAAAUUUCUUGAUUCAAAAGUAUGUGAGCCAGCAGAAUAUCGAGAUGCCCGGCGAAGAUUCGAACAAGCCAUUACCAGAGACUGCAGUUCGCCACACUGCGUAUAUUGUGAAGGUCCCGUUCACAGAACUGCGACUUACGCUGGUCGAGACCCUUGUCGAGAUAAUGGCGCACAAUCCAGGUCUGAUGAGUGAACACUUUAAUGCAGAUGUGUGGCGUGUACUCGUCACGUGGUUCUUUGAGUAUUCUCACAAUAAUUUGUAUCAUGCGGCUUUUUAUCAACUCGUUUUCAUUGCACUGCGAACGGACAAUCAGCAAACCCUAGAAGUGCUUGUGAAAAAGCUCAAAGUGGUCACCCUUUUGAUUGAGCACUACCGUGCGGAUGGCGACUUUACCAGUAACAAAGGGUAUAUUCUGCAGAUUUGCAAUGCAAUUCGUCUGCAAGCCGCUUCACAGUCGCCUGAUGCAUUUUUGCGCAAUUUCUUGCAGUCACAUACAACAUGGCGUAGCUUUGAGCAGGAAUUGCGAGAACAAACCAGUUUGCUCUGCGUUAAUGGCUUGGGCUUUACGGUGCCGCAAGCGAUUCGGCCGGGAUAUCAAAAAGAUACAUGGCAGCUGCUGGACGAAGAGGAGGUAGGAAUUGAUCAUGGGUCUGAGUUUGCACGGUCUCUUGGUUUUGUAGACGACGUUGCAUGGCCAGACAAUGAUACCGCUGAUAUCAACAAAAAGCGCAAGAAAAAGAAGAAAGGAAAGCGAAAUUCGCAUCACCCGAACAGCAAUACUAAUUAUGAUUCAAUCGACACUGGCGAUACUUGCAAUGUAAAACCAGAGAACGCAGCUGAGGCUGCGGCUCUGAAGACAGCUGAGGAUGCCGAAAGCGAUGCGAACGGAUCAAUAGGAAAUAUGCCAACUACACCAAAGAAAAAGAAAAUCAAAAACAAAAAGAAACAGAAUAAGAAUAAGAAUAAGAAAUAG